UCAAAAUCAGUACAAAUAGAGCGCACAUCUCUAGCUUGCCAAUUACAGCACUCACCUAAUUAAGUACUCAAAGGGUCUGAGACACCUCUUUUUCUUUUCCAUUGAAUAUGGCUUAUCCAUACUAUUCACCACCACCACCGGUCAUCCCAUCACCUCCAGCCAACCACCACUAUGUCCACUCACCCUCGCCGCCGCCAUCACGGUCUCCACUUCCACCUCAUCAUCAUCACCACCACCACCAUCAUAAGCCAUCCUCACCACCACACCAUCACCAACACCACCCUAAGCCACCUCCACCAUCCCCAUCUCCACAAUCGCCACCUUCAUGUUAUUAUUGCACACCCCCAACUUAUAAUGCACCGCCACCUAAAAAUCUCAGUCCUCCACCAAAAACUCCUUCAUAUGCACCACCACUGCAUACCUUGCCACCACCACCUCCUACAAGCCCUGCGGUGCCGCCGGUACCAUCUCCCCACAAACCAAAACCACCUUCUCCAGGAAGCCAUACUCCAGGUCCAGUUCCAUCAUCCAAAUCACCUCCACCACCACCAAAACCACCCAUGCCCUCUCCACACAAUCCAACUCCGCCUAAACCCUCACCUCAGCCAAGCCAUACUCCUCCAACUCCAUCUCCAAAGUCGCCUCCAAAUGUAUCACCACCUUCUCCUUCUCUCCCUUUAUCACCACCAACUCCAUCACCAAAGUCGCCUCCAAAUGCAUCACCACCUUCUCCUUCUCUCCCUUCAUCACCACCAACUCCAUCACCAAAGUCGCCUCCAAAUGCAUCACCACCGUCUCCUUCUCUCCCUUCAUCACCACCAACUCCAUCACCAAAGUCACCUCCAUAUGCAUCACCACCCUCUCCUUCUCUGCCUUCAUCACCACCAACUCCAUCAAAAGGUCCAGUUUCACCAUCAAAGUUACCUCCAUACGCUACAGCACCGCCUGUUUCUUAUGGUGCACCUCCAGUACCUCUUAACGCAGUUCCACCUUCAUCGGACGUGGUGGCACCACCUUCGGGAAACAACCACCACACGACUAUCGUCGUGGUGUUUGCGUCGCUAGGAGGUGCAUUCUUUCUUGCAUUCCUAUUAGUUGGUCUUAUUUGUUUGGCUAAAAAGAAAAAGAAGCCAGUUAUGAUUCCUGUAGCUGCACCUCCUCUUGUUAUUGAAGAACACGAAGUAAUUCAAGAGACAAUAACCACAGGAUCGCAUGGAGAGGAAAUUAUCACGGAGUCGAUUGAGGAUGAAGUACGAAUUCACGAACUUGCAGCUGGCGGCGCUGGUAGUUCAAUUAUGGCGGCUGGUGGUGGCGCCCCUCAUCAUCAUCAAGGUCAUGAUUACCGUCAGAGCUAAAGAAUAGCAUUAUGAGCUUUCGUUUCAUAUUAUAUAUCAACAUGAUUGAUUUAUUUGCAAUUCGUUGGCCAAAAUAUAAUAAAUGAGUGAUUAUUUUAUCUGUACAAUGAGUGUCAAUGUGUGUAUAUUACGUGGAACUUGUAUUGGUAAUUAAACAAUGGAGCAGUUAGUUAUCAAAUAAAA